AUGCAAUUCUUCCUUCCCGCACUCGCACUUCUGGCCUCGGUUGCCUAUGCCGCCGACUGCCAGCAAGACCUCAAGUACUGUGCCUACACGCUGGUCGGAAAAGGAGAUUACCACCAGCAGGUUAACGGCGCCGUGUCCGCCUACACCAACGGCGCACUGAAGACCCACCACCCCGACUUCUUCCUCUUCAACUGUGAAAACAGUGGCGCCAUCACGGUCCUGCAAUCGUGCCCCAGUGGAUGUGUUGAUGGCGGCCCGGACAACAGCGACCACUGCCGUUAA